CUGUGGUGUGUCUUGCGAAGUUGCUCACACUUGUGAAGUUUUCAAGCACAUUUUCAAGUAUUUAUACCAUAAAUCUGCAUUUACAAGCAUAUUCAUACAAUUAUUUUUAAUAUGUAAACAAUGAAUAAUCCAUGUAUAUCCGCAUAUACCUACGAACUUUAAAUUUCUAUAAGUUUCUGGUGAACUGUCCAUCAAUAACCGAAUUAUGUUUAUUUAUGUGCUGGUUUUCAUUUUCAUUACAUAGUUAUUUUACACGAUGAACUCACAAAUUUGUGUUAACUGCCACAACAAAAACGGCAUAAACCAAACAGAUAAUCGCCUGGUCACUGAAAGUUGUGGCCAUGUCAAAUGUAUGAAUUGCUUACUGCAAGAAAAGUCCGGUUGCAAUGCUUGUUCUGAAAGCAAUGGUGUGCAGACGGAGAAUACAAGUGUCGAUAAUAACUCCUCCCAGGAAGAGGCAAAAACACAAUUGCCGUUGGAGGUGCAAAUAAGAGAAGUAAAGGAAACUAAGAAAACAAAACCAGAAAGAGCGCACAUAAAAGUUGAAACAGAUGCAAACGGAGGCAGGUUCUACAUUUGUACAGUGUGCAAGAAGAAAUUUCAAACUCGGACGCUUAUGUAUUAUCAUGCAUAUUGUAAUGGACAGCGGAAGCCCUUUCAAUGCCCGGAUUGUAAAAAGAGUUUCGCAAUAAAGUCCCACUAUAAGUAUCACAUGCGGGUACAUCGCAACGAGCGGACGCACUCGUGCGACGUGUGCAACAUGAGCUUUAUACAGAUGUCCAAACUGAAGCGGCACAAGCUGAAACAUACUAAAGAGAAAAUGUUUUCAUGCACCCGAUGCAAUAAAGGGUUCAACAACUCUACCGCCCUCCGCAAACACACCCUAACUCACACGGAGGUACGGCCGUAUACUUGUGAGGAAUGUGGAACCAAGUUACGCGACGGCUCUAAUUAUAGAAAACACAUGGACAAACAUAAAAAGAAGCGGUGGUCGUGCAGUAUAUGCAGGCACAUAAGUGAAACCCGUCUCGAGGCAGAGCUACACAUGCAAACGCACAACACUCCCGCCGAUACCGGCAUCGUUGCCACCGGUACGGCUACCACUGCGGAUACCGGUAUGGAAACCGAUACGGGUGUAGUAGAGGGUGCCUAUGCGGGAACCGUUUCGGUUGUCGGUACCGGUGUGAGUGGCGCAACCGAUGCGGGUACCAGUACGGUAUUGGUUGCGGGUACCGGUGUGAGCCUCAGUGUUGUUGUGGCAACGGCCACUGCGCAGUGGCGACGGCCACUGCGCAGACAGCAUCAGUGUCCGCGCUGCCCGCAAGCUUUUUACUCGAGGAAGGAUAUGAGGAGACAUGCCGCUGUGCAUACAGAUACUAAGCCGUACCGCUGUAAAUUAUGCGAUCGCCGUUUUAGACGGAAAGACAAUCUAGAGAGGCACAUUCGUAACACACACCCUAAAUACGAGCCCGCUACAGCAGUAGAUUGCGACGAGACUGCGCUCAAAAAGAUGACGAACGGCGCUGCGGACAUACAGCCAUACAUCUCCCGCAAAGCCUACGAGAAAAACGAGAAAACCAAACUGGAGAUUCUCAACCCGCUCCCGCCAUUACCGAAAGACGUCAUUCAAAAACACAUCAGCGUCACCACAGAUAAAAAUAAUGACGUCACGUCAAACGUCAUAGACAAAUUGUCUAUACUAGAAGCGAACAACGCGCGGCAAAGUGUCAUCGUCGAGAAACGGAACACGGACGUCGAGAAAAAAGUGCCAAGCCCGGAAAAUGAGUAUGUUCAUAAAAUUAGGAAGGCUACUAUACCGCUCCCGCCGAUUGACCAAGAGAAGUUCCAGAACGUCAAGCGAGGAUUCUUGCCGGACAGUAUGACGAUGGCGCCAAUAAAAAAUGUGGAGAUUUACAAGAAGAUUUUAUAUGAGAAAAUUGAUAAGGAGCCAAAUGAAGUCAUACAGAAUCCGAAGAUGCACUGGAGGCGGAAGAUGGAGCAGGAUAUCAAUUGAUCGUAAAGUUAAGGCUGAAGAAACGGACUGCUAUGCAUCUUACUACCUUAAUGUAACCUAAACAUUUUAUAUUUUAACCACCUUAAUUAUAUACUUAAUUCUGAUAGUAAACUUUUCUCUGUUUUGUCCUAAUUUAAAUAUUUAAAA